UGCCUUGGCAAAAUGGAAAAUCGAAAACUUAUGUCAAUGAAAACGAAUUAGAUUUUUGGCAGGUUUGUGGUGUAGGAUUUUCGGUCGAAUUGUAUUCGUUUGGGAUACUUUCCUCUAUUUUGUGUUUUAUAAAUGAUUACAAUCGGUGAUUAUUCAAUAUUAUUUCCAAGUUCAUCAAUAAAGUAAUCAUUAGCGUGUCCUAGAAUAUGUUGAAAAACAAGUGUGACGUCACAAACUCUAUCAGCUGAGGUGUCGAAGGAAGGGUUUUAUAGGAUUGAAGGGCAAAACAAACAAGAUGGGUGGUGCGGUGAGCUCCGGGCGCGACAACAAUGAGCUGAUCGACAACUUGAUGGGCGGCAACUACAUCCGCACGCGGAGCGUGGAGCGGGUGUUCCGCGCGCUGGACCGCGCCGACUACAUGACGCCCGAGAACCGCGACCAGGCCUACAAGGACCUGGCCUGGCGCAACGGGCCCUUACACAUGUCAGCCCCGUGUAUUUAUAGUGAAGUGAUGGAAGGACUGGAGUUGCGGCCUGGCCUGUCCUUCCUCAACGUGGGUUCAGGGACAGGCUACCUCAGCACGCUUGUGGGCCUUAUCCUCGGCUCGGGAGGCAUAAGUCACGGUGUGGAAGUCCAUCCGAUAGUGUUGGAAUAUUCUAUCAAGAAGAUGAGCCAGUUUUUGGAGAACUCUCCAAAUGUGGAUGAGUUUGACUUUUGCCAGCCCAAAUUCUAUGGCGGUAAUGGCCUGUGCCUGGCCCCGCUGCAGGCGCCCUACGACCGCGUGUACUGCGGCGCCGGCUGUCCUGAAGAGUACCAGAACUAUUUUAAACAGCUCAUUAAGGUCGGCGGUAUCCUGGUGAUGCCGCUGAACGACAACCUGAUACAGGUGCGGCGCGUGGGCGACGCGGAGUGGGUGUCCCGCAGCCUGCUCAAUGUGUCCUUCGCCACGCUGCGGGUGCCCACCAAGGAGGAGGCCGCGGAUCUCAUCAAAUUGGAGGAGCAGGCGCCGCCGAAGCUGCAGAUCCUGGCGCGCGGCGUGAUCCGCUCGGCGAUGCGCGCCGGACUCACGCGGCGGCAUCCCGAGCUGCGCGAGCCGCCGCAGCGCCCGCCGCCCGCCAAGAAGUCCUGCCCGCGCCGCAUCUGCAUACCCAUCGAGGACGACAGCGACGUCGAGGGCUUAAACGCACUACACGACCUGGACCGCGACGGCGGUGCGCGCGAAAUGAACGCUCUCCUCAGCUUGGUACUGAGCAUGGGCCAGAACCGCGUGGCCGGCGCGCUGCGCUUCGACCCGCUGGACUCGCCCGGCGACUCCUCCUCCGACGACGAGGACGACGACGUCGACCUGGGCGGCGACGACGACGAUGACGGCGGUGACGGCGGCGAUGGUGGCGGUGACGGUGGCGGCGGCAACAGUGAGAGCGUGCCCAGCGGGUCUGCGCCUUCUUCCAAUGACACAUCUUCGUCGGCCGAUCGGCCCAGCUUCAAUCCGCUGGAUUCCCCCGGUGACUCCUCCUCCGACGACGAGGACGACGACGUCGACCUGGGCGGCGACGACGGCGGUGACGGCGGCGAUGGCGGCGGUGACGGCGGCGGCGGCAACAGUGAGAGCGUGCCCAGCGGGUCUGCGCCUUCUUCCAAUGACACAUCUUCGUCGGCCGAUCGGCCCAGCUUCAAUCCGCUGGCUUCCUCCGGCGACUCCUCCUCCGACGACGAGGACGACGACGUCGACCUGGGCGGCGACGACGACGAUGACGGCGGUGACGGUGGCGACGGCGGCGGUGACGGCGGCGGCGGCGGCAACAGUGAGAGCGUGCCCAGCGGCUUUAAUCCGCUGGAUUCCCCCGGUGACUCCUCCUCCGACGACGAGGAUGACGACGUCGACCUGGGCGGCGACGACGACGACGACGGCGGUGACGGCGGCGAUGGCGGCGGUGACGGCGGCGGCGGCAACAGUGAGAGCGUGCCCAGCGGGUCUGCGCCUUCUUCGAAUGACACAUCUUCGUCGGCCGAUCGACCUAGGGAGGCAUCGACCAGCGACGAGAACCCCCGAGCCAACCCGCGCGCGCGGCGCGGCCUGCUCACGUUCGAGUUCCGCGACUCCGUGGUGGACCGCGCGCCGCCCACGCCGCCCGCCGACAGCCCCGGCGACCCCGCGCCCGACGACAACCCCAGGUCGGGCCCGUCGCACGCGCCGGACGACCCGGACGAGAGCCCGGGCGUGCCGGCCGAGGUGGAGAUCUACCUGGGCAAGUCCAGCCGCGCCGGGCCCUCCUCCAUGGACUGGGAGCCGGCCGCUUCCAGCGCCGACGAGAGCGAAGACGAGCCCGCGACCAAAGACGAUCAAAAGCGGCAGAAGCUGGACAGCGGCAUCGGCGAGGAGACCACACCUAGCAGCGAGGCGUCCCCCUCCCACCCGCGCGACGAGUCCGACGCCUCCCGGCCCGACGACAGCCUGACGGACGACGUCGACGACCGGCAGUCCAGUGAGUGUUGUAUGUUGUGUGCUGGACAGCGGCGUCGGCGAGGAGACCACGCCCAGCAGCCAGGCGUGUCCCUCCCACCCGCGCGACGAGUCCGACGCCUCCCGGCCCGACGACAGCCUGACGGACGACGUCGACGACCGGCAGUCCAGUGAGUGUUGUAUGUUGUGUGCUGGACAGCGGCGUCGGCGAGGAGACCACGCCCAGCAGCCAGGCGUGUCCCUCCCACCCGCGCGACGAGUCCGACGCCUCCCGGCCCGACGACAGCCUGACGGACGACGUCGACGACCGGCAGUCCAGUGAGUGUUGUAUGUUGUGUGCUGGACAGCGGCGUCGGCGAGGAGACCACGCCCAGCAGCCAGGCGUGUCCCUCCCACCCGCGCGACGAGUCCGACGCCUCCCGGCCCGACGACAGCCUGACGGACGACGUCGACGACCGGCAGUCCAGUGAGUGUUGUAUGUUGUGUGCUGGACAGCGGCGUCGGCGAGGAGACCACGCCCAGCAGCCAGGCGUGUCCCUCCCACCCGCGCGACGAGUCCGACGCCUCCCGGCCCGACGACAGCCUGACGGACGACGUCGACGACCGGCAGUCCAGUGAGUGUUGUAUGUUGUGUGCUGGACAGCGGCGUCGGCGAGGAGACCACGCCCAGCAGCCAGGCGUGUCCCUCCCACCCGCGCGACGAGUCCGACGCCUCCCGGCCCGACGACAGCCUGACGGACGACGUCGACGACCGGCAGUCCAGUGAGUGUUGUAUGUUGUGUGCUGGACAGCGGCGUCGGCGAGGAGACCACGCCCAGCAGCCAGGCGUGUCCCUCCCACCCGCGCGACGAGUCCGACGCCUCCCGGCCCGACGACAGCCUGACGGACGACGUCGACGACCGGCAGUCCAGUGAGUGUUGUAUGUUGUGUGCUGGACAGCGGCGUCGGCGAGGAGACCACGCCCAGCAGCCAGGCGUGUCCCUCCCACCCGCGCGACGAGUCCGACGCCUCCCGGCCCGACGACAGCCUGACGGACGACGUCGACGACCGGCAGUCCAGUGAGUGUUGUAUGUUGUGUGCUGGACAGCGGCGUCGGCGAGGAGACCACGCCCAGCAGCCAGGCGUGUCCCUCCCACCCGCGCGACGAGUCCGACGCCUCCCGGCCCGACGACAGCCUGACGGACGACGUCGACGACCGGCAGUCCAGUGAGUGUUGUAUGUUGUGUGCUGGACAGCGGCGUCGGCGAGGAGACCACGCCCAGCAGCCAGGCGUGUCCCUCCCACCCGCGCGACGAGUCCGACGCCUCCCGGCCCGACGACAGCCUGACGGACGACGUCGACGACCGGCAGUCCAGUGAGUGUUGUAUGUUGUGUGCUGGACAGCGGCGUCGGCGAGGAGACCACGCCCAGCAGCCAGGCGUGUCCCUCCCACCCGCGCGACGAGUCCGACGCCUCCCGGCCCGACGACAGCCUGACGGACGACGUCGACGACCGGCAGUCCAGCCGGCGGCGUAUGCAGAAACGCGGGCGCUGGCAAAGCGCGCGCUCGUCGACGUCAACAGAACGCUCGGACCGCGGGGGCUCGCCGCCAGCCGCCGCGCGCCGCCGCUGCAAGCGCCGCGCUCACGACCUACAGCCGCCGCCCUCGCGCGACGCGCGCCGCGUGCGUCUCUCGCUCGCCAUGAAGCGCGGCGUCAAGGAGCUGCCGCUGCCGCACGCGCUCAAGAAGUUCGUCAACCUCGGCCGCUGCUUCGAGUUCUAGGUUAGCGAGUGGCGGCGGCUGGGCUUGCACGAAAUCGACUAAACCCCGGUCCGUGAGCACGUAGAAUUUUGUCCAAUGACCCCUAGCUACCCAUCCUUAUCGCUCGCGCGUAAUUAUAUUGAAAGAAAGAAAGAAAGAAACAUUUAUUGCCAUGGACAUCACAGAAGACAAAAGAUGUAAAUAAUAGAAAAAAAAGUAAAUAAGACAUAGGUGACAUAAAACAUACAAUGAAAGUGAAAGUAAAACUGAGCAGUGCCACCCUGUCGCACAGCGAUGUCCAUCGCAAUGGGAUCCCACUCAGCAUAUGCCAUGGCCCCCGGUGAGGGAGGCCACGACGCUAUUGCUAUCGCGACUGUGCGACUGGCACCCGCAGUGAGUGUGCGAGCGCGAUAGCAACAUAAUUACGCGCGAGCAAUAAGGAUGGGUAGCUAGGGGUCAUUGGACAAAAUUCUACGUGCUCACGGACCAGACUAUAUCUGUUGAGGCGCUCGAAAUCGCUCGUGCUGUCGAUGGCGCUGACGAUAUUGGAUAGUAUCGACGAUUUACUAUCAAUAGUUUCGACCUAGUUUUACUAUACUGUCGACAGUCAAAGUCAAAGUCAAAAUUUCUUUAUUUGUUUGGACUAAUAAAUAGUUCUUACAAAUCGUCAUUUUGCUCUUAAGGAGCCUCUACAUGUCUCAUAAUCUUUUUACCCUACCAGCGCUUCGAGACCAACAUUUGGCAAGUGCUGAGAAGAAGCGCCGCAACAAACUCAGUCACCACUGUCUGCCGGUUAAUAUAAAUAAAUAGAAAUAGUAGUAGUAGGUACAUUCGAUUCAGGAGCAGUUCACUGAAUUUACCAUGCAUUAUCAGUGGUGUCGAUAGUAUGAGUGAUUUGGAGCCCUUCCAUAGGCUAUCGAUACUCGAUAUAUACGCAAGCCCAGCGGUGUCGUCGGUGAUCCGAUGUCUGAAGGGUGCCCAGAAACUGUUGCUGCCAUAAUAUAAGUUAUCUAGAACGCAACUUCAACCCUUCCCAAGGCUGAGGCUAUAUAGUUGCCGCAUUUUGAACCCUAUUGACCGGAGACAAUAAGGCUUAAAAACGUUCAAGGGUUGAAUAUUAUAAUAUCUCGCAUCAUCCAGCAAUACUGAGUAUUAAGUCUUCCUACCGGACUCGCUUACCGGUUCCUGUGAGUCAUGAAUAGUAUUAAGGUGAUUUGCACUACAUGCGCCCUUCGACAUAUAAAAGGCUGGAUGACCAUCGCACUGCAUAAGGCGGGUUCUGAUAGUCCUCAAUAGGAGAAUGAGUGCCACUCCUGUCUGUAGCCGAAGGCUGAUGUAUGUAGCAGACGGGAUUCGACUGAAUGAAAAGCUAUUGAGAGGGUGUUUGUUUCGAAGAAUGUCGAUUACAUUACUCUGCUGAUUCGGUGCAAACGCCCUCCGGAUGCGUUGCAGGAAUGAUGUGUAAAUAUUUUGUCGCGAUGGGUACUUUUAUAUGUGACGGGUGGGACAGUUCCGUUCUGCAUUCGCGACUCGUUGCCGGCAGUCGCUAUCAUAAAGUAACCAAUGUGAUUGACCAUUAUAAAUUAGUUCCUUUAAAAGCGAUUCGAACGACAAGUCGAGUUUGUGUAUGGGAAUGUCGUGAUUUACUGCGAUUCUUGUAGUUUAGUCGCGUUAUAGGUAGCCGUCGUGUGACGUCACGCUGGACACUGUUAUGACAUUAGUUAGAUCUGUGACACUGCGUGUCUCAUUUUACGGUGUUUAUCAAAUUAUAAUAUUAAUCACUAUGAAAUUAAUGUAGCCAUAAUGAAUAAUUUUAACUACUACUUACAUGCGACGAUGUUUAAUCGUGCUAAGUCUUACAAAAUGUUAGCUUGAGUAAAAUGACCGACUGAUCUGACUUUUUGCGAAGAGUUUUAGGGAAUAGUAAUAAGAAAUAUAAACAGCCGUAAUUUUAGUAAUUUUAUAAUAUUGCAUGUAAUCCCGGUAUACUAGUUUCCAGCGUGACACCGCUCGGCAUCGAGUCAAGAUUCUAGUUACAUAAUUAACCUAGUCAUUGCUAAGUAAAUAUUUAUUCUCGUUGUACAUAUUUGCGAUAUAUAAUUAGUUUUCUUUCUGUAUAUCGAAUUUGCUGCAGUAAAUCGAUACUUAGCAAUCGCUCAGUUAAUAAUUUCGUAGGUUAUGAAUUGAUUUAUCGGCCCGGAGUCGUGCCGGGUUUAGUUGUCAAUGGUUAAUGUUCAUUUGUUAAGUUCAUUUUGAAGUAUAAACGGUCAAGUGCAGUUGCAAGAAGUUGCAUACCAUGAGUAAGCAAAGCGAUAUUCGGUUGGAUUUAAUCGAUAUUUUUGCAUCGUGGACCUUUUUGAUGCAUUAUUUAUCGAGUCACUUCAAAGAUUUCAAUCGGCUGAGUGACUUGCCAUUUGAACUAUGAACAAGUUUCACGGCGCCGCAGUCGGCACGGCUCCGGGCCGAUCUAUGUUUAUAUUAUUAUGAUAACGUUUGGUGUAAAUACUGUCUUUUGUUUUUGUUGCAACUAAUAUAUAAUUUUAUUGUGAGAGUUACUGUUUUAUGUCUGUGAAUUUAUGAAUUUAUAUUUUGUUCGGAGCUAUCGAUCACAUUUUCGUAUACUUCAUAAGAAAUCCAAAAUCUAAUAUGUGCCUUUGGGGAUUCUUCUGGAGUGUACCGCACCACAUUGAUAUUUAUCAGUGAAAAGUGACGCAAAAUAUAUAUUUAGUUACUACUAUCUAAACGUACGAGCGAGAGAAUGCGUGUUAUAUUUAAAGUAAAAUUAAUACGAAGUAUAUUUAACUUUGCAGUUUUACAAUCGUUUAGCCUACUUGAUACAUAAUCAAUUCGAGUUAGUAAUAUUAAGGACAUACAGUUUCGUAACGCUAAGCGCGUACCGGUUAGACUACGGCAUCUUGUAUCCGAAUGUUAAGGUGGACUCAAUAAAACAGUCAUUUUCAAA